UUAUGUUAUCGUUUAUUUAUGUUUAUGCUAAAGCCUAAAGUUAAGUUUACAAGGGUAUUUGUUUUACUUAAAUCUUUAAACAUAUUUUAAAUCGAAUCUAGAAAGAAGAUAUGGUUAAAACUAGAGGUAAAGAAGAUAAUCCAGAGGUGGUGGUACCUGUGCCAACCGACACUCCUGGAACCACAGAGGAAUUUUCAGUUGAAAAGAUUUUAGAUAAAAGAACAAGAAAUGGAAAAAUUGAAUAUUUGUUGAAAUGGAAAGGCUAUAAUGAGGAAGACAACACUUGGGAGCCAGAAGAAAACCUUGACUGUCCAGAUUUAAUAGCAGCCUAUGAGGCUCAGUUUGAACUAACAAGCACUGCAGAUGAUCCAGAAAAAUCAAAAAGAAAAAAUAUUACUGAAGACAAUAGAGCAAGAGGUUUUGAUAGAGGACUUGAACCACAUAGGAUUGUGGGGGCAACAGAUGCAAGUGGUGAACUUAUGUUUUUAAUGAUGUGGAAAAAUUGUAAGGAAGCUGAUCUAGUUCCAGCAAAUCAAGUGAAUGCCAGAUGUCCAGAAAUUGUCAUUAGUUAUUAUGAAAAUAAGAAACAAUGGUAUAGCAAGAGUGCUGUUAUUGAAUUAGAUUAAAUUAUAAGGAUAGCAUACUUAUUUCACACAAUUUUAUACAAAAAACACUCAAUAAAAGCAAAUGAUUUAG